UGAGGUCGACUUCAGAGCUGCAGGUUCUACACUUUGACAGACUGGACAUUAAAGGUUAAAGGUGAAGGACUGAGAGUCGACUGAUGAAGACGAGACAGAGACAGAGCUCAGAGGCUCCACAGAUCACCGACACACACACGGAUUUCUGCCCGCUCAUGAUGGCUCGAUGCCGGACGCUUUGGACCGGGAUCUUCGCCCUCCUGACGGCCGGUGUGUCCGGCUUCACUCACCUGAGCUUCAACCUGUGUAAGUGGUGUGAGGCUUCGUCUCCGGUGUGUAAGGACAGCGUCUGCUUCAGUAACUGCUCUCUGACCUCCUUCUGCUCCAGUACUGACGAGAUCUGCAUCGCCAUCUGGAGGAAGACGAAUGGCUCCAUGUUGGUGCAGACGAUGUGCCAUGACCCUUCCCUGCCUCUGGAGGGCCUGCCCCCCCGCCUGCUGCUGAACUUCACCUCCAGAGACUGCACCAUGCUGCCAGCUGGGGGGGGGGAGGCGGCCAUGAUGCUCUGCGGCUGCACCGGAGAACAUGAGUGCAACGACAAGCUGCUGUUCAACAAGGGAGCCAACGGGUUCUCUCGGCUCCAGAGUAAGGAUGUGCUCCCGGUGGUAGUGGUGAGUCUGGUUCCUCCGGUCCUGGUGGCCCUGGUCGCUGCCGCCGCCUUCUACUUCUACCGGACGCACCGGCCAGAUAAACCCCGCCCGCCUCCUGCUCGCCCCGCAUGGCCCGCCAAGCGCACCCCCGAUCUGUACCAGGCCUUCGGAGAGAGGGGGUGGAGGCUGAGGAUGGGAGCUGAAACAGGUAAGGGUCAUCCUCCCAACGACGACAUGCUCUCCGAUGUGACGGACUGGCGGGACCAUCAACUGGAAGCCCUGCCCAUCAAACUGGAGGUGCUAGUGGGGAAGGGCAGGUUUGCGGAGGUGUGGAAGGCAUGUCUUCUGGAGGGCCGGGUGGGUGGAGUUAACUGCUACGAGACGGUAGCGGUGAAGGUGUUUCCCGCCGUAGAGUUCGCCUCCUGGAGAAACGAGUGCUACAUCUUCUCCGACCCGACGCUGCAGCACGAUAACGUGGUUCGGUUCCUGGCGGCCGAAGAGAGGGGGCCGCCGGGACACAGGAAGUACUGGCUGGUGUUGGCCUAUCACAGCAUGGGGAACCUGCAGGACUUCCUGUCUGCUCACACUCUGAGCUGGGAGGAGCUGGUGUGCAUGGCAGGAAGCAUCGCCAGAGGGUUAGCUCACCUGCAUAGCGACACCACGCCCAGUGGGGUGCCAAAGGUGCCAGUCGCCCACCGGGACCUGAAGAGCAGUAACCUGGUGGUGAAGAGCAGGAGGGAGUGCGCUCUGGUUGACUUCGGUCUGGCGUUGAGACUCGACCUCUCGCUCACCGUGGACGUCUUCGCCAACAGCGGACAGGUGGGCACCGCCCGCUACAUGGCUCCGGAGGUGCUGGAGUCCAGAGUGAACCUGGAGGACCUGGAGGCCUUCAAACAGAUGGACGUCUACUCCAUGUCUCUGGUUCACUGGGAGAUGGCCUCCCGCUGCCAGGUCAUCGGAGAGGUGAAGAACUACGAGCCGGCGUUUGGCUCCCAGGUGUGUGAGCAGCCCUGUGUGGACAGCAUGAGGGAUCUGGUGCUGAGGGACCGAGGACGACCCGACAUCCCGACAACCUGGACCCAGAACCAGGGGAUGAGCGUCUUCUGCUCCACCAUCACAGAGUGCUGGGAUCACGACCCCGAGGCCCGGCUGACGGCUCACUGCGUGGUGGAGAGACUCACCGUCCUGGAGGAAGAGGAGGAAGGACAGGAAGGAGAGGAGGUACCGGAUAGAGAGGAAGACGUAGAGACAGAAAAGGACUCAGAAAAAGAAGACAAUGACCAGCGUCCGUCCUCCUCUUCCUCCUCCUCCUCCUCUUCCUCCCUACAGAUCCCUCAGACAGGGGAGGUAUCCCAUGAUUCCCUGGGAAACACUCGGUCUGCGGUGUGAGUGCACAUGGAUGUAUAAAGAGAACUGGAAACAGCGUUGGAGGCGGGACCUCGUUCAUUCCUAGUAGAGCUGCUCAGUGGCGCGUGAAGACAGAAUGUCCUGACGCUCUCCAGAGCAAAACGCCAUAACAUGACCCAUAUGUGAUUGACCAAUCAGUCCAUCCUCUCGAGAGCUAAAGUACCGUAUGUAGCUCAUAGAGCAUUUGCAUUUCAGUUGUUCUUAACCUGUUGAACCCCAUCGACCCGCCCCCGGGCGGAAAAACGCAUCAUCUGCAGGAAACAGCGUCUGAGGGCUUCUUAAUAUUUAAUAAACUAUGAAUGUUUUAUAUCCAUGUAAC